CUGGGGGGCGGGCGGCGUGGGGCCGGGUCGCUGGCAGGGGGUUUUGCCCUUCCUCAGCAGUGGGGUUUCUGAGUCUCCCUGCCCGGGAAGCGCCUGGAGGCGCGGAAGGGUUUAUGCUGAAGUCCCCGCGGUAGCUGGACCGCUGCGGGCGGCUCCUCUUGGACCCCAGGGUGUCCGCCUCGGGGCUGUCAGCCCCCUCGCGCUCACCGUCCGGGCCGUCGGGGCUGCCGGGCAGUGGGGGUGCCCCUUGGAGCGCUCUGGAGACCUAGGCGGCUAAGGGGGCGCGGAUGGGGCAGGGCUGCGGGGUCCCUGCCUGCUGGCGGGGUGGCGAGCGCUGGUGCCUUGCGGGGUGCUCCCGCCGUAGCUGAGUUGGCUAAACCGCAGCGCUGCCCGCUUCGCUCCCUUGAAGGCUGUACCCGUCGGCUGGCGGGGAGCGGUGCCCCUUUCAACCUGCCCGCAGCCCUCUCGAGCGGAGGAGGGACUUCCGGGUUUGCCCGUGGUCGGAAGUAGAAAUUAGCCUAGUGAGACGUUUUAACACAAGGAAGACUCGCUGCUUUAUGACUACUGUUUGCUAAACAGCUGUUUAGGACCACUUUUUUUUUUUUCCCCCUAAUUUCUGUCAAUACUUAAGCGAUAGAGAGUACCUAAGGAACCAACUUAACAGGUUGUUUCUAAGUCUGUGAAUGAAAAGUCUUAAGUUCUAGACAAUUGGGUAUUUGAAACGGUUUAUGGAGAACUGUAAUGUGCACGGGAGUAGUAUGCAUGCAAAAUUAGAACGAAAAUGUUAAUCGAAUGCAGAAUUACAUUACAUAUUCCUGCAGUACUUCAGCAAUGCAUAGAUUUUUUGAAAAAAUGAAAAAGUUUAUGAAUAAUGUUAGCAAACAUAACCCAUACAAUGCAAAUCAUUAAAAACAUUUGAUUAUGCUUACCUUGUGCUUGAGAGCAAGAAGCGCAAACUUCUUGUCCUGAUUUGUAAAUGGAAUGAAAGAUAGUUAUUUGAGUCUUGUUGCAACAGUUCAUAGUUCUGUACUGUCAAAAUUAUGAACAUCUCUCAACUGAUAAACACUUAAGAUCUCACAGGUAGCUAUUGGGGGGAUCAGUUGUUUUCCUUAACAAUUUUCUAUCAUCAAAAAUACGUGUUUGAACCCCUAGAAGUUUUAAAGACUUAUAAUGAAAUAAAGACUCACUCUUGGGAUCCCCAGUCCAAUUUAUAUUCUAGGCUUCUUGGUGCACCUGUUAAUAAACUUUCAGUUUAAUUUGGAACAAAAAAAGGGUGUUUCUUUACAGCAAUAUUUUGACAAACUGUAUGUAAUAAAUAUGCUAUGUAGUUAAUUUAAUGAAAGUUUUGUAAAAAAAACCCAAAACAACAAAACACCCCAAAAUAUAGCAAAUCUUCAGACACAAUGAAGAGCACAUGUCGUGGUUUUGGCAAACGCAUUUUUACACAAACACGUUUUUAUAAUACCUUAUGUUUGUUGACCACUGGUAGAGCUGCCUUGUGUUUAAACACUUCAGUCCUUCUCCUGAAACUUGUAGCACAGCCUUAUUGUUUUCAGUUCUGUCCCCUUGCUCAGUUAUUCACGUUGUGGGUUAUCUGUGCUGUGGACUGUUCUGUGCAUCUGCAUGAAACGUUUUUCAGUCAUAGCAGGCUGACUAGUGCAGUACAAAUGCAGUUGUACCUCUUCCUCGAGUAGCUGAACUUGGUGUGUGACUUUUGAUCACAUAUGCAUGGGGCUGAUGAGUCCUGUGGGAUUUGAGUAGGCAUCACAUAGAUGCUCAAGGCAUCUAGAAUGAGCUUGGGUCCUGCUGAGUUCAGUUUCUGGCUAAUGCUGAUCCCCGAGGGAGUCAAGCUUUGUGUGAGUUGCAGUGCUCUAUGAAGGCUCCAUGAGUUUGAAUGGUAUAGUCCUUUCUCUUCUAACUAGCCUUGUGUAACAGGCUUGAUUGUGUAUUAAUGAAGCAUGACAUUUAAACCACAGUAGCUAAAGUUAGUGACCUAAAUGAAUUUUGAUCUGACUUCUUAGGGAAGAUGCAGGCUGAUGUGCUGUAUCUUUAUCUAUGUAAUCACAUGCCUUAAUGCUUUUUACUGUCUUGGCAACUAUUGAAUGAUGGCCAUCUUUUGUUAGAUUAGAUGGCUCUUUUAACAGGUAUGUGGUAUAUAGCCAAGAAAAUAAUAAAAUUAUCGUGACUAUGAGAUGUAUAAUUUGAGACCCCCUAAAGGUUUCUGUUUUAGUUGCAGAAAAAAAGUUUAAUUUAUUUUUUUUUACCUGAUAUUUCUGUCAGGUUGCACUUACAUAGAAAUGGGAGUUUAAGAGGAUAAAGUAGCAUUAUUUUGUUGACCGGAAGUACUCUUAGUAAGUUUUAUUAAUCUGUUUUUUUCUGUAGUCAGUUUAAUUUUAAUUUACCACAAAUGAAAUAAUAAACAAGAAUAUUAUCCAUUCUAAUCAAUUUACUGUUUUUCUUUCCAGGAGUCAAAUCUUUCAAAGCUGUUAAAACACCUAGAGAUGUUGAUAGGAAGCUUAUACGCAUUUCUUCUCUCUCCCUCUAAAGGCUGGAUAAGCUUUGAUGGUGCCAAUGUACUGUUAAAUCCAGUUAGGUCUCUCUCAGAAGGCACAGAUAAGAGUCCAGGGAAUGGAACCAUCUGUGUAAUAUGCGGUUGAGCAGAUACCCAGGUUCCUGUUCCACACCCACUCCAAUGGUAUCAGAAUGUCUUCCAGACUUCUUACUGAUAAAAAAUACUAGAAAACAAGACUAGUAUCUGUCAAAUGGGGCUCCUUCUCCAUUUCUAUCUACACACCUUUCCUUUGGGGGGAGAAGAAGAGGAGCGUAGCAUGAAAAGUGCAAAAUGUUUCAAAUUCCUGUUCAAAAUCUUGAUAGUAUCAGGAAGGCUCGAAAAAAGGUGAAGGGCAUUCUUGUGGAUCUUGGGCUUGACAGCUGCAGGGAAUUGUUGAAGAAUCUUAAAAGUUUUGACCCAGGUGAAAAACACUUUUGUAACACCUCAUGGAGUGAUGUCUCUCCUUGGGAGUCUGUGGGCAAAAGGAAGAGAUACAGAACAAAGCCGUACUGCUGUAGCUUAUGCAAGUUCUCGUCAAAAUUGCUUACUUCGUUCAAGAAUCACUUGCACCGUUACCAUGAGGAUGAAAUGGACCAAGAGCUGGUGGUUCCUUGCCCAAAAUGUGCAUUUGCUUCUGAUCCCAAAAUAGUGGGAAAACAUAUCCGGAUGUUUCAUUCAUCUAAUAAAAGAAUACAGAACUAUACAGUCAGCAUUUUGGAUGGCAUGAAACAAUUCAGGAGUGACAUCAUAAACUUUACAUGUCUAAAAUGUCACUUUACAGACACAUUGUAUUACAAUAUGAAGAAACAUGUGCUGAUGAACCAUUUUCAAAACUUAAUAAGUACAUAUUUUGGCCAGAAACCUGAUGAAAGUAAAGAGAAUUCCAUUGAGCACUACUGUAAAAAAUGUAAUGCUUCUGCAAACAGCCAAGAUUCUUUAAUGUAUCAUGUCUUGACAGCUGAAACACACCGAGACCUGGAGAACAAACUUCGGUCAGUGAUUUCAGAACAUAUUAAGAAACCAGGACUCGUGAAACAAAUGCAUAUUGCUCCAAAGCCUCCCCAAGGCGUGGCAGUGGCUACUCCAUCUGCAGGACCCGCUGCUGCCCCAGCAGGUUCUGUCACAGCUCCAGCUUGCAUCCAGCUUGCAUUUCCACAGAAUAAUCAGAACCAGAGUGUGGUGCAGCCAAAAGCAGUUCAAAACACAAUCAGAUCACUGCCUGUUCCAAGUGCCUCUGGUAGCCUGCCACAUACAACUUCUGCUCCGGUUGCUACCCCAUCGCAUGUUACUCUUGUAUCUAGUAAUCUUUCUGUAGGUCAGAAUAGCGUUAAUAUUCAGCCAUCACCUUCCCAGCCUAUCAUUGUUUCCCAUAGGCUCCCCCUUAAUCAGCCUGUGAGAGCUGCAGCUAUUCCUCUUAAUCAUUCUGUUGGGACUGUAAAUAGAACUUUGGCCUCUGCAGUUCUUCCUCUUAAUCAGCCUGUCAGGCCUGGGCUCUUUCCUGUUAAUCAACCCAUUGGUACUAUAAAUGGUCCAGUUGCAGCUGGAAUGCUACCUGUUACUCAACCUGUCAGCCCCGUGAAUGGACCGGUUGCACCAGCAGUCCUCCCUGUGAAUGGACCGGUUGCACCAGGAGUUCUCUCUGUCAACCAGUCUCUUGGGAAUGUGAAUACACCCAUUGGUCCUAGGGUCCUUCCUGUGGCGCAGACAGUUGCGUCAGGGGUUCUCCAGCUUAACCAGCCUGUUGCUUCUGGGGUUGUUCCUGUCAGACAGCCUGUCAGGCCUGGGUUUCUUCAGCUUAAUCAACCUGUUGCCCCAGCAGUUAUCCCAGUAAAUCAGCCCGUUCAACCUGCCGUUUCUCAAAACACAACUUUUUUGACUGCAGGUUCUAUACUUAGGCAGUUGAUUCCAACUGGCAAGCAGGUUAAUGGGAUACCUACAUACACGCUUGCCCCAGUUUCAGUUACUUUGCCAGUACCUCCUGGUGGUGGAGUAGCAACUGUUACGCCACCACAAGUGCCCAUCCAGCUAAUGCAGUCUGGGACAGUAACUCAGUUGUCCCAGCCACCAGCUGGUGCACCCUCUCCUCCGGUGAUUUUAACAUCUCAGAAUAUAUCGUUACAAGCCUCCCCACCUGGCCCUGAAACAAGUCAGGCUAUCAGACAGGCUAAGCAGUGGAAGACUUGCCCUGUUUGCAAUGAGCUUUUCCCAUCAAAUGUCUACCAGGUGCACAUGGAGGUGGCCCACAAACAUGGUGAAGUAAAAAUGGAGGAAACCCUGGAACCUGACAAACUUGCAGCUUGUGCACCCUUCCUAAGGUGGAUGACAGAAAAGACAGUCCGCUGUUUCUCUUGUAAAUGUUUUCUCUGUGAGGAAGAGCUCAUGAAACAUCUCUUGAUGCAUGGCUUAGCUUGCUUGUUUUGCACAGUUACUUUCCAUGACUUAAAAAGCCUCGUGGAGCACAACAAAACUACACACAAUGGGAAAAAGCAGUUACAUGCAGAUUAUAGCAACAGAGGAUUUCAACUAGGUAAUGAUGCUCAGGGUGACCUUGUAUUUCCACACUUUGAUUUCAGUACAGUGUUACCAAAAGAAGACAUUGGUGAAAGAGAAGUACAUUUGGCAGUACUUGCUGGACUAAAUUCAAGGACGCUUGUCCCCGUUUACAUCAAAGUGAAACCUCAGACAGCAGAAGUGAACAGUAGAUGCAACAAAAAAGUGUUAACCUGUCCCUUUUGCUUUGGUACGUUUGUUAGUAAAGAAACCUAUGAAAUGCAUUUGAAAGAGCGGCAUCAUAUAAUGCCAACUGUUCAUACAAUUUUGAAGUCUCCUGCUUUCAAGUGCAUCCACUGUUGUGGUGUGUACACUGGAAAUAUGACUCUGACAGCUAUUGCUGUACACUUGCUCCGUUGUAGAAGUGCUCCCAAAGACAGCAACUCAAGCGUGAAGAUGCAGCUUGAGUGUACUGAGAGGAAAGAGCUACUGUUUGUGAAUGGUGAAAAGCAUGAUUCUGUGAUCCUGAAAAGAAAGCAAUCGGAUUCCUGCUUUGUUGCAGAACACCAAAGGAAUAAGGAACAGCAGCCUCUGAGCUUAAGUACUGGCAUAGCUCUAUCUCCAGAAAAAGAAGUGAAUUCAGGGGUAGUGCCUUUCAAACGACAAAAGAUUAAUAGUAGGACUGAGAUGAAGAAGCUUCCUUCUAGUGAGGAUCUUCGCAUUCUAGCCGUAGAUCCUAAACAGUAUGAUUACAACUCCUAUGAGGCUCAAAACCAGUUUCUGACAGACUACUUUCACGAGAGGCCAUAUCCUUCUAAAAAAGAGAUGGAAUUACUUUCCUCACUGCUAUACGCGUGGAAAAUUGAUGUUGCAUCAUUCUUUGGAAAAAGGAGGAAUAUAUGCCUAAAAGCGAUAAAUAAUCAAAAAGCAUCUGUGCUGCUAGGUUUCAGUAUGUCUGAACUAAAAAAUAUUAAGCACAGUUUGAAUAUAAAAGAUGAACCAUUAGAUAUGUAAACAAGCUUUUUGUAACAGCUAAAAGCAAUCUGUAAUUGCAUACUUAUCAAUUUAGCAGUUUAUUGUAUUAUUUGUUUUAACUUGUAGACUGGCCUGUUGAAGGGUGCAGUAGUACAAAAAGUCUCGUUCAGUUGUGACUGUUAUUGUGAAAGGCACACGUAGUUGUGUAUUUGAAAAAGCUAAAACCUUCAGACUUGCCCAUCUGGAAUUUGUUUUAGCUUUUUAUUUUUUCUGGACUAGUGGGGUUUGGUUUUUUUUUUUUAUUUGGGUUUGGGUUUUUUUGUUCUGUUUCCCUUUCUUCCCCUCCAGACUCCCAUUACACUUUUUAUACCACCAUGUAAAACACUUGUCCUGUUAAAAACAAAUUUUAUUUUAUUUUUCUGCAAUGUCGUCAUCUUUUCUAAACAAUAAAAUGUAUAAUGUUGGCUAAAAUUCUGAGGUAAACUAUGUGAACAACAUUUAUUUCAUUAUUUGUGGUUUUAAGUCCUAAUUUUUUUAGCCUAUUUUUUGUUUUAUCUACUGAAGAGGUGAUUGUAGCCUUUACAUACAUUGCCCAUUCAAAUUCCCGGUGCACUGGUAGCAAUAAAAUACAUGGCAAUCUUU